GACGCAAUCAGCUGACUCCUAUUUUGCGGCAAUUUUGUUUCGCAUUUAUCCAAAGCUUCUCGAACUCCCUAAUUUUCAAAUCAACCAAAAUGACCGGCAAGGCCUUAAAUAUUGGAGAUCAGUUUCCCAACUUUUCGGCCGACACGAGUGUGGGAAAGAUAGACUUUUACGAUUGGAUGAGCGAUAGUUGGGCUAUUUUGUUCUCUCAUCCGGCGGAUUUUACUCCGGUUUGUACUACGGAAUUGGCAAGAGUGGCGGCCUUGGUUCCGGAAUUCUUGAAGCGAGGAGUCAAGCCAAUUGCUUUGUCCUGUGACACCGUAGAAUCGCACAAGGGUUGGAUCGAGGACAUCAAGAGUUUUGGCAAGCUCCCCAGCUUCGAUUAUCCCAUCAUCGCGGAUGACAAGCGGGAGCUGGCCCUCAAGUUCAACAUGCUGGACAAGGAUGAGCUCAAUGCUGAGGGUAUUCCCCUUACAUGUCGUGCAGUUUUCGUUGUGGAUGACAAAAAGAAGCUACGCCUAUCCAUCCUUUAUCCUGCCACCACAGGACGUAAUUUCGAUGAAAUCCUGCGGGUCAUCGACUCACUGCAAUUGACCCAAACAAAGAGCGUGGCCACGCCUGCAGAUUGGCAAAAGGGUGGCAAAUGCAUGGUUUUGCCAACCGUCAAAAGCGAAGAUGUGCCCAACCUCUUUCCCAAGGGUAUCGAAACAAUUGAAGUUCCGUCCGGAAAGAGUUAUCUCCGGAUCACACCUCAGCCCUAAGGGUACAAAUCGUCUUUUUUCAAGUAUGACUUUAUUACAAAAAUUAUAAUUAAUAACAAAUUAAUGCACAAUAAAGUAUACGCUUACAACCGUA